UCAUGAAGCAGGGCCCAGAUAUCUGACAACUAAACGUGGAUGGGAUGAAUAGCCGUGGUCGGUGUCUGAGUCACUGUGGAUGUGGGUUCAGUUCAGCAGCAGAAAAAAACAGCCAGAGCAGCAGUCUGGUUCCGAGCUGGUGGGGGCCUGACAGAAGGACGCAGUGUGGGCGGGUUAAGAAACGCCGUGAGGGAGGGGACGCCAGCGUAAUAUUCCCACCGUUUUCUCUCCUCUCCUAAAGAAAAAAAAAAAAGAGAAAAAGAAAAAACAAGGACGUCUCUGGGUCUUUCCUCCCUCCUUACAUCCCAUCACCCGGCUGCGUGUCAUCUCCCGGGUUGUGAGACCGUCGUUUCCUACCUGGAGGUCUGGUUUUCUGCCGACGGGCAGCGGGCGUGAGAGGCGGAUGCUGCGCGCCUAGAGUCAGGGUACCAUCCAGGAGCAUCACCGCACUCACCACGAUGGACAGAAUGAAUUUUCUCUCCUUCCUCCUCCUUUGCUUGACUUCGGUUGCCAAUGGCAACAAAGCCAAUAAGCACAAGCCAUGGAUCGAGACAGAAUACCAGGGGAUUGUCAUGGAGAACGACAACACCGUGCUGCUCAAUCCCCCCCUCUUUGCCCUGGACAAAGAUGCUCCACUUCACUAUGCCGGUGAAAUCUGUGGCUUCCGGGUUCAUAACGGCCCCUUGGGUUCCGGUUCGGUCCAGUUUGAAGCGGUGGUUCUGGACCGCUCCACUGGCGAGGGUCUGGUCCGGUCCAAGGAGCCGCUGGACUGCGAGAGCCAGCGGGAGCACAGCUUCACCAUCCAGGCCUACGACUGUGGAGAGGGACCCGACGGAGUCAACAGCAAAAAGUCCCACAAGGCCACUGUGCAUGUUCGUGUGAACGACGUCAAUGAGUUCUCCCCAGUGUUUGUUGAGCGGCGCUACGAGGCUUCGGUCCCAGAAGGGCGUCUGUUUGACCGAAUCGUGCGUGUGGAGGCUUUGGAUGCCGACUGCUCCCCGCAGUACAGCCAGAUUUGUUUCUAUGACAUCAUCACUCCCAACGUGCCCUUUGCUAUUGACAACGAUGGUAACAUCAAGAACACAGAGCCAUUGGAUUCAAAGCGGCAGCGUGUUCACACCUUCUGGGUGACCGCCUUCGACUGUGGAAAGAAUCGCGCUCAGGCUGAUGCCCAGGUUGUCGUCACGGUCAAGCCGUCCUGCAAACCCGGCUGGAUCGGAUGGACCAAGCGUGUAGAGUACACACCUGGAUCAGGUAGCAUCCCCCUGUUCCCCAGUCUGCAUUUAGAGACGUGUGAAGAGACCGUGUGGAACAUCCAGGCCACCGUAGAGCUCCAGACCGGCCACAUCGGGAAGGGCUGUGACAGAGACAGCUACUCUGACAGAUCUGUUCGGCGACUGUGUGGUGCCGUCAGGGGUGAAGUUGACCUCCUCCCACCUCCAUCUCCUGCAGCCAACUGGACGACAGCUCUGCCCACGCUCCCUUCUUCUGAUUCCUCUCUGGUCUUCUCCUUCAACGGCUCCAGUCAUGUAGCAGUGGUGCCUGAGUCAGUUGUAUCUGCGCUGUCGGGUGACCAUUUCACGCUCCAGCUGUGGAUGCGAAGAGGUGGUGCAAACAUCCAGCCUUCCACCACCCAAACUAGAGCAAACCGCAAGGAAGAGGAGAUUAUUGUGUGCAGCACUGUCAAAAAUGAGGACUCCUACUCCCAUUACUCCCUCUCCGUUCACGGCUGCCGCCUUUCCCUCUUCUACUGGCCCGACGUUUCCGCUGCACGGCCCGUUAAGUUCUUGUGGAAAUUGGAGCAGGUUUGUGACAGCGAGUGGCAUCACCUCUCGCUCAGUGUCCAGUUCCCAUCCGUGACUCUGUAUGUGGAUGGUGUGACAUUCGAUCCUGCCCUCAUCCACGAUAACGGAGCCAUCCCCAACCCCGUGCCGCGCCAAAGGAUGCUCAUUGGUGCCUGCUGGGAGCCUGAAGAGAAGCAGAAGGAGAUAGUGAACAACACAAUCCCAGAGGGCAAAGACACAGUGAAGUACGUGGGCGGUUACCACGGCCUGUUGUCGGGGGUGACGGUGCGUCCUGGCAGCGUGGAGCCUCACAGCGUGGUGGAGUGUCUGUACGCGUGCAGGGAGGGGCUGGACUUUGGAGACCUGGAGACUCUGGGCUCUGGAAUGAAGGUGCACGUGAACCCGAGCCAGUCGGUGUUAGUGCUGGAGGGAGACGACAUUGAGAGCUUCAACCGUGCUGUGCAGCAGGUCACCUACAGGAACUCUCUGCGCUUUGCCACACCUGGAGUCCGUCCACUCAAACUCACCACCUCCCUCAGAUGUUUCAACGAGGAGAGCUGCCUGUCCCUCAAGCAGCUGGAAGGCUACCUGGUGGUUCUCCAGCCUGAUGCCCCUCAGAUCUCUCUGUCUGGGGUCGGUCCUCAUCUGGCCCGUCCAGCCCCUGAGUUUGAAGGUUCCCGUGGAGUUCCCCUCUUCCCUGAGCUCCGUAUCGUCUGUUCCCUGUCACAUGCUGUCAACACUGCUGCCCAAGGGAUGGAGGGUGGAGCUCUGAUGUCUGAUGCCGUGGCUCACACUUUGGAUGGCUGUGAGGUGCAACCGCUGGGAGAGGAGUUAAACCCAGAGAGGGAGGAGCUCCUGGUGGACAUGGAUGUUGUGCGAGAGAGGGGGCUUGAAAUCAUCAAUACCACUGCUUACAUUGCCAUUACAGGAGCUGAAUCUAUCUCUGUCUACGAGGAUGUACUUCGCUCAGUUCGCUACCGACUUGCCAAAGGCUCAGCUCGCUUCGAGAGGCGGUUCCGCCUGUCCUGCUCUGAGAUGAACGGCAGAUACACUAGCAAUGAGUUGACUCUGGAGGUUAACUUCCUCCACUCUUUAGACAGUCUGUACCACCCGUCCCACCUGCUGGCCUCCCAGCAGCAGUUUCUCCAUCCAUCCCACCAUGCUGGAGAGCUGAGUGGACACACCCUCCCCAAUCCACACCGUAACUCAGUGGUGCCGGGAGCAGCCACUGUUAUCAUUAUGGUGUGCGUGGGUUUCCUGGUUGUCAUGGUGAUUCUGGGCGUCUUCCGGAUCCGCUCUAUCCAUCGUCGAGGAGAGAGUACCAGGGGCGGCGCUAAGGAGGGUAACAGCCAAUGGGAUGACUCUGCGCUCACCAUCAUCGUCAACCCGAUGGAGUCCUACGACUCUCGCAUGGGCAUCACAGCCGACACAGAGGGGGAAGCAGAGGAGGACGAGGAGGCAGCAGAGUCACCUGACGACGCGGGUGAUGACCAACGAAUCAUCAUCAAGAAGGAGGGCAGAGACGGAAGCGCCCGUCGCUACUGAGCCACGUGUAUCUCUCCACACCAGUGCUCACGGAAACCACAAAUCAGCUCACCAGUCACACACUCCAACACUUUUACUAUCAACAACUGCUGACACCAGUAAUAUAAGGAAUGUAUGCUUACAAACACCACGCACAACACAGCCACUGUAAUACUCUUAACACUCAACGCCAUAUGUGACCUACAGCCGACGACAAGCUGUUCUCCACUUUAAUGUUCAAUGGCACAAUGUAUACAGUUUAUGUAAUUUAAUCGCCUGACUAAACUCCACCAAAACUGUAUGUGGUGCACUAGUUUUGAAUCACAAAAAAUGUUUGUGUGUCUGUACAGUGUAACGCUGGUUGAAAGGGACUGCUUGGUUUAAAAAAAAGAGAUAAGAUUGUAUUCUAGCUUUUGUUAUCAAAAAACAGAGUAAAAUCUUUACAAAAAGUAAACUGGGACAAUUUGCAACAAAGGCCUUGAGUAGAUCCGUAGAUAGAGACACAAUCCUUGACCCCAACACAUUGCUCAACUUCUUUAUUAGACUGACUCGAGAAGUCUGUGCACAAGUUCCUUCUUGUCCGUGUUUGCAACAUCUUCUGGCACAUUCCUUAAUCACAUUUUAAAACCUUAAAUUUCAUAUCGUUGGAGGAUAUUUUUAAAUCUGUUGCAAGAGAAGUUUACUUCCCCACAUCCUGGCUAUAUUCUGUUUACGGGUCCUAAUAAGAUUGAAACAGUUUUUUUUCACAAGUUGGCUCUUCUAUGAUACCCCAAGAAUACAGAAUAAAAACCAGUGUUUGUCAAAUUUGAGUACAAAUGUCACUGAUGUUUGAAUUUCAAAUUGGAGCCUUUGCAAAGUUCAAGCUUGUGCUAAAAAAAAAACUAAACAAAAAAAAAGCAGCAGCAUCUGCAGUACAGAUGUAACCUGACAUUCACCCCCUCUUCCAUACCUCUCAACUCCUCCAAAGUUUAACCUCUAAAUGAAUCGCUGCAAUGUUUCACUCACUGCACUCUCCAGCAUGGGAUGUCUCAUGCAAACACACAGACACACUCCAUAGCGCCACCUCUGCUGUUUCCAGAAUGUCCGCUCAGCUUGGGCAGUUUUGAUUGUAUUGAUUGUAAUGAAUCUUCUGUACAUACAAUGAUGACUACUAUGAUAUUAUUGAUAUAACUAUUAUUGUUGCGUCCACUCUUUCUCUUUUUCUGCACAUUUUUGAGAGCAAGCAGAUUAUAGUUUACUUUUCUUUUUUCAAUUUGAUGAAUCACCUUUCCAGUUUCAAAAGAAAUAGUACAAUUAUAACAAUAAUAAUAGUAGUAGUGAUAAGGAUGAUAAUCCCUGGCUUGAUGAGUGUCUCUUAAGUUGUGUGUAAUAUUGUUGUAAUUUAAGAGCUUGUCAAUAUCUGAAUCACAGAAAAAAGGAGCGCACAUCGUUGUCAUACUUCUCACUCGUCUCAUCUUUGGCACUUCAGGGUAAUUUUUUCACACCUCAAAAUAAAAUGCUUUUUAUCAUUGUUAUCAAUAUUCAUAUUUUUCUGUCUUCUUUUCAGUUCAUCUGGCAUCUUUGGUUCAAUGAAUGUGCAACUGUGUGCUUCUCCUCACCCCUGCCUCCCUGCCUCCCUCCCUCCUCCCUCCCGCCUUCCUGUUUCCGCCACCUCUCCCUCACGCUCCCUCUGUGUCUCUUGCUGUCUGUCUGUGUAGCCUAUCAAUGUGCAGUGCUAAGGCUUUCAGUAAAUAAAGCCUCUUGUUUUUGAGUGUGAUGUUAAGAAGGAAUAAACAUUACAUUGACAAAUAACUUAUAUUAUUACUAUGUUACUAUUCGGACAUUACCUGUAAUUAUUGAUACAAUGCUGACAUGGAUUAUGCUGACUAAUUGUUAUUGAGAACUGUCAGAAGUCAUUACAAAAUUCAUAAUAAAAACACUAUAU